AUGAAUAAGGAUCCCAAUAAGAACAAACAACCUUCCUUCUCCUCUAAUGAACUAUCGUCCGCGACGGCUAUCUCCUCCACUUCAGCGUCAGAAUCAUUAGACUCGUCCACUACGCCAACUUUCCCGUCCUCCUCUUCUACUUCUUCUUCCUCCUCUUCUUCUUCUCAAGGCAUACCAACAGAUAUAGUACGGGUGGUUUAUGACUUCACACCCAGCUCAAGUGAUCAAUUACAACUCCGACAAAAUGAGAUUGUUUACGUGCUAAAUAAACCAAAUACUGGAUGGUGGGACGGAAUCACCAUCUCAGAAAGUCCACAACAACAAAUAAAAAGGGGCUGGUUCCCACAGACAUUUGUUCAUUCCAUCACUUUUAGUUCAACCAUAUCUCCCUUAUCCCUCUCCCGAACAACAACCGCCUCCCUCUCAUCUUCUACUGCUACCGCUGCUUCUUCCAGAGAUUGGAAAUUACUCUCUGUGAGAGAAAUUGAUUCAUUAUUGAACCAACUACAAACAUCAAUACAACUAGAAUGGACACCAAAAAUAAUGAACAAGUCUUCAUCCCUAGACGUCAUCUAUUGUAACGACUUACUUCAUAUCAAAUGCCUAGAAUUACCCAUACUAUCAGCACAACCCAUCUCGCCGCUCAUAGAUGAAGAUUUGGUCUCACAGGAGGAAGCUCGUUUGCAAAGAGAAAUGAACAAAUUGAUAAUUUCUUCUCCUUCUUCUUCUUCUUCUUCAGGAAAGGAGACACCCAAACAGGACGAAGAGAAGGAGCAAGAACAACUACAACUGUUGAGCGUCCCCUCCAAACCAAUAUUGGCUGAUGAUUCAUUAUUUUAUAAUAAACAAUACGAUAUUACGAAUUAUGCACAUUUGAGAGCAAUGACCUUGUAUUACAUCGAUCAAUCACAUCGAAUGUUCGCCACUUUGGAUAGAGAGCAAUUCCAGGAAACUUUUAUGUUGACAACGACUUAUAUCACUUAUAUUCAAAUGUGUCGUCGAUUAUUGUCUUCCAAGAUGAAACUGAAAAAAGCAUUAUAUUGUCAAGUAGAGACAAUAUUGAAAAGGUUAAUGCUGGCGGUUUCCAAUAUUCAACUGAAUGCAUACACUUGCUUUAACACUUUGCAUCAGGAUAGAAUGGUAAGGGAGAAAGGAUACAUGGACACAGAUAUCAUCACCAAAUCAAGACAGAAUAAAAGAUCGCUAUCAGUGUUUGAUUUGAUAGAUAAGGAAUUUGUUCAAUUGACACGCGACGUAAAUGGUGUUUUCGACCUUCUAACAAAUAACAAUGAUUCGGUUGAGAAUGAUGAAAAUGCACCAAUACCGCAACUAUAUCCUAGAUUCUUUAAAGGUUCGUUCAAUGCUGGUUCAUGGAGCAAUGCCUUCCCUCUGUCUGAUGACAAAUUGAUUUCCGGGGUACCUCAAAAGAUGUAUGAGGCAAUCGCAAGAGCAUCAGGUGUAAACUUACCAGACUCUGUCACUGAUUCCAUUCAGACAACGUUGACUCUUAACACUUCUACCUUGGUUAACGAAUCCAAUGCAAACUUAUUCUUACACGGAACAAGAAGAGGGUCCGUCACUACUAAUUUAUUUAAACCGUAUUUGUCCCCUUCCUCAGGUGGCAGGAUGCCAUCCACAGCAUCCACAUUAAAAGAUUUUGAAUCAACAUCAACCAAUGGUAACCUUGCAAAUAAUAAACUUCCGUUGAAUUUUACAACUUUAGAUAUGAUCAAAAAGAAACGGCAACAAAUUGUAAAUGGGCUAAAGCAAUUGCAAAGUUCAGCAGUAACGGAAAAUAAUAGAAACCCAGACUCUGUGAAGAGAAAUCUGGAAUUAAAUUUGGAAAUAUACGAAGAUUUCAGCAAUAGUGCCCUCAUUAUGGAAAUAUUAUCAGAUUUAAAUUUGAAAAUAUUCAUCAAUUUGAAAGAAUUAGUCAAAUCUGUUCCAAAUAACAACGACGAUGAGGUUCUCAUUGAUGAAGAGACAGAGGAUUUCUUGGAUCAUUCCCUGUUAUCCAUCGUACCUCUUCUAAGAGAAUUCUAUGGUGCACAACAGAAGCUACAUUUCGUCUUUACAGCAAUGAUUAUUUGUACUCAACAUACCACCCUAGUGGACCCUUACAUUUUCCAUUCCAUGAAAAGUAACCUCCCUACAGGAUUCUACGAACCUUCCAUCAAUGUAGAUGAAUCAAUAUCUCAUGAUUUAAACCAAUAUGCAACCCGUAUAUAUGAAACAUUAGUGAACCAGGAUGUCAACGUGAAGAAUGAUGAAUUCUUUGAUAUCUCAAACUACUUAAGGGUAACAACGCAGGAAUACAUUGAGACUACUGAUGAUAUUAUUAAUGCAGUAGAACAACUAAUCGAUGCCAGAGGAAACCUAUUGAAUUAUGUCGCACGGAUGAUGAAAAAUGACAUAACAAAUGCUUUACUGAAAGGUGAAGGAGAAGAUGAAAAAUGGUUUGAAACAGCCACACAGGAAUCAUAUAAUACUUCUGACUCUAUCACCUCCACUUUUGAGCCACACGCUCAAGAAGAGGAACAGCAAAAACCCGCUUCCGAAAACGUGUGGUAUGACUCUUCAGUAUAUGAAGGUUUACCAUGGUAUUUAAAACCAAUUUACAAUAAACAAUUAGUAUUUGAUGUGAAACAUAGAGUGAAAGGUGGAACCAAAAAUGCAUUGAUUGAGCAUCUGACAAAUAUCAGAUUUUCAGAUCAUUGGUUUAAUAUCGUCUUCUUGUUGACUUUUAGAAGUAUUUUUACCCCAAAGGAAUUUUUAAUGGCGUUAAUUGAAAGAUAUAAUGCAUAUCCACCCGAUGGCUUGAGUUUUGGACAAUAUAAUAGAUGGAUUGUUGAAAAGGCCUUCCCGACAAAAGUUCGGGUCGUAUCUAUAAUGAAUAAAUUUCUCUCACAAUACUGGACCUCGUAUUAUUAUACAGAGAAUCUCUGUGUAUUGAAGUCAUUUGCAGAUACAGCGACUCAAGAAGACAUUGAAGGAUGUGAAGAAUUACAAAAAAAUAUUAAGAGAACGUUAUUAGAAGCAAAGAGAGAGACUGGGAGAAAAGAUGAAGAUAAAAUUGAAAAAAAUGUCUUUAUCAAAAAGGAAACAAACCCCUCUGUUGCAACAGCUAAUCAAAGUCCAAGAAAACAAGUUGGAAGUUCAUUCCUUUCCAGUAUACAUUCACUAUCCACAUCAUCUUCCCGAUCCAAAAUCUUCAAAGAGGUUAAAAAAUUAGAAUUAUUUGAUAUUACUCCCACUACAAUGGCACAGCAACUGUCAUUACUAGAACAUGAACUGUAUUGUCAGAUAACUAUCUUUGAAUGUUUAGAAAGAGUGUGGGGUAAAAAAUAUGGUGGGUUUGGUGGUUCUCCCAAUAUUACCAUAUUUAUUAAUGGUGCAAAUAAUUUGACAAACUUUGUCUCUUAUACCAUUGUUAGUAACGCAAAUAUUAGUAGAAGAAUACAAAUCAUCACGUAUUUCAUAGCAGUUGCUCAAUACUGUCGUGAUAUCAAUAAUUUUUCCUCAAUGACCGCAAUUAUUUCAGCUUUAUAUUCUUCCCCAGUUUAUCGUCUUAAAAAGACAUGGCAUUUAGUUCCCGAAAGUUCCAAAGCAUUGUUAAGAGAAUUGAACACAUUAAUGGAUUCCACAAAGAAUUUUAUUAGAUACAGGCAAUUGCUAAAGUCCGUUAGACAAGUUGUAUGUGUUCCCUUCUUUGGUGUCUACUUAUCUGAUUUAACGUUUGCCCAUACUGGUAAUCCCGACUUUUUGUCAGGUUCUACGGAACUGAUUAAUUUUAGUAAGAGAGCCAAAGUAGUAGAAAUAAUAGAAGAAGUGAUAAAUUUUAAAAAGUUGCAUUAUACGUCCUUUGGAAAGAAUUUAGAAGUUCUAGAUUUUAUUAACCACUCGUUAAAAAAUGUUCCACAUAUUGAAACGCAGUACAAUUUAUCGCUGAAUCUCGAGUCUCGAUCUAGAUAG